CCGCCCAGCGAUGCCCGAGGUCCCCGCUGUCCGCGCCUGGCCGCUCCUGCUCUCGCUUGCCCUGCAGCUCGGCGCGGCCGCCGGCGCUCCCCAGCCCUGGCACUGCGCGCCCUGCUCCGCCGAGAGGCUCGCGCUCUGCCCGCCCGUGCCCGCCUCGUGCCCGGAGGCCACCCGGCCCGCCGGCUGCGGCUGCUGCCCGACGUGCGCCCUGCCGCUGGGUGCCGCCUGCGGCGUGGCCACUGCCCGCUGUGCCCGCGGGCUCAGCUGCCGAGCCCUGCCCGGGGAGCCGCGGCCCCUGCACGCCCUCACCCGCGGCCAGGGAGCCUGCAUGCCUGCGCCCAGCGCCGAGGCCACAGAGACAAAGGACCCCGCUGCCCCAGAGACUACGUCCCCUGAGAGCACAGAGAUGACCCAGGAGCAGCUCCUGGACAGUUUCCACCUGAUGGCCACGUCCAGCGAAGACCUGCCCAUCCUUUGGAACGCCAUCAAUAAUUAUGAGAGCAUGAAGGCUCUCGAGGCCACCGACAUCAAGAAGUGGAAGGAGCCCUGCCAGCGAGAACUCUACAAAGUGCUGGACAGACUAGCCAGGGAGCAGCAGAAGGCAGGGGACAGACUUUACAAAUUUUAUCUGCCGAACUGCAACAAGAACGGAUUCUAUCACAGCAAACAGUGCGAGACGUCCCUGGAGGGAGAGCCUGGGCUCUGCUGGUGCGUCUACCCUUGGAGCGGGAAGAAGAUCCUGGGCUCCACGGCGGUCAGAGGGGACCCCAAAUGCCAUCAGUAUUUUAACUCACAGAACUGAAAAGAGAUGCAAUAGGCUCUCUUCCUUCACGUGAA